GGGAUGUGACGAGCGACGCGCUGUGCAUUGUGGGAAGCCGGCCGCGAGGACUGGUUCCAGUUCACUCGGCAGCGGCGCCGGGCGGAGGGGGAGAGCGCGGGUCGCGCGGGCGGGAAGCGAAGAGGCGGGCGGGCCAGCGAGGAGCGCGGAGAGAAAAGGCGCGAGCGGCCAGGAGGGCUCAGGCCGAGACACCUUGCAGCUGCCGCCGCCGCCACCGAGCCGCCGCUGUGCUCACUGAUCCGCCUCCAGGGCCACCGCCAUGUCGAGCCGCGGUGGGAAGAAGAAGUCCACCAAGACUUCCCGGUCUGCCAAAGCAGGAGUCAUCUUUCCCGUGGGGCGGAUGCUGCGGUACAUCAAGAAAGGCCACCCCAAGUACAGGAUUGGAGUGGGGGCACCCGUGUACAUGGCUGCCGUCCUGGAAUACCUGACAGCGGAGAUUCUGGAGCUGGCUGGCAAUGCAGCAAGAGACAACAAGAAGGGACGGGUCACACCCCGGCACAUCCUGCUGGCUGUGGCCAAUGAUGAAGAGCUGAAUCAGCUGCUAAAAGGAGUCACCAUAGCCAGUGGGGGGGUGUUACCCAACAUCCACCCCGAGUUGCUAGCGAAGAAGCGGGGAUCCAAAGGAAAGUUGGAAGCCAUCAUCACACCACCCCCAGCCAAAAAGGCCAAGUCUCCAUCCCAGAAGAAGCCUGUGUCUAAAAAAGCAGGAGGCAAGAAAGGGGCCCGGAAAUCCAAGAAGCAGGGUGAAGUCAGUAAGGCAGCCAGCGCCGACAGCACGACCGAGGGCACACCUGCCGACGGCUUCACAGUCCUCUCCACCAAGAGCCUCUUCCUUGGCCAGAAGCUGAACCUUAUUCACAGUGAAAUCAGUAAUUUAGCCGGCUUUGAGGUGGAGGCCAUAAUCAAUCCUACCAAUGCUGACAUUGACCUUAAAGAUGACCUAGGAAACACGCUGGAGAAGAAAGGUGGCAAGGAGUUUGUGGAAGCUGUCCUGGAACUCCGGAAAAAGAACGGGCCCUUGGAAGUAGCUGGAGCUGCUGUCAGCGCAGGCCACGGCCUGCCCGCCAAGUUUGUGAUCCACUGUAAUAGUCCAGUCUGGGGUGCAGACAAGUGUGAAGAACUUCUGGAAAAGACAGUGAAAAACUGCUUGGCCCUGGCUGAUGAUAAGAAGCUGAAAUCCAUUGCAUUUCCAUCUAUCGGCAGCGGCAGGAACGGUUUUCCAAAGCAGACAGCAGCUCAGCUGAUUCUGAAGGCCAUCUCCAGUUACUUUGUGUCCACAAUGUCCUCUUCCAUCAAAACGGUGUACUUCGUGCUUUUUGACAGCGAGAGUAUAGGCAUCUAUGUGCAGGAAAUGGCCAAGCUGGAUGCCAACUAGGCUGAGCAACAACAGAACCAGCUGCACCAUGUACCCCACCUCCAAUUUAAAAGAAAAAAAAAAAAUCCCCUUCACUCCUACUGGGAGGUGGGACCCCUUUCAUUUUCAGUUUUGCUCAUCUAGGGAAAAUAAGGCUUUGGUUUCCAGUUUAAUUGUUUUUGACCUUCUAAAAUGUUUUUAUGUUAGCACUGAUAGUUGGCAUUACUGUUGUUAAGCACUGUGUUCCAGACCGUGUCUGACUUAGUGUAACCUAGGAGAUUUUAUAGUUUUAUUUUAAUGAAACCCUGAUUGACGCACAGCAGUGGGGAGAACAGCGUCUUUUACCUGUCACCGAAGCCAGGAAGCCCGUUUGUAACCGUGUGUUGUGGUGCUUUAUCGUACACCCAGUGGCGUUCUUUCUACUCUAAUGUUCUUUUUGUUUCCCCCCUCAGAAGAAUCAUGAAUUUGCAACAGACCUAAUUUUUGGUUACUUUUUGUCUUAUUGAUGGAUUUGAAAACGAAAGAUUUAAAAAGGCAAAGCAGAAUCUGUUGUCCUUAAUUAUAUUUGCAAUUUGGAAUUUGUGUGAGUUGAGUUAGUAAAAUGUUAAACUGUU